AUGGAUGAUAUUAGUGGAGGAGAAUUCCGCCGCCCUUGGGCUGACCGCAUCCAGGAUGUAGAGUGCAGUUUACAUGAUGUUAGAGUGCUGGUGGGUACAUGGAAUGUUGCUGGAAGAGCCCCUGUAGAUAGCUUGGUUGUGGACUUGGAGGAGUGGUUGAAUUUCAAAACUCAUCCUGCUGAUAUCUAUGUCCUCGGGUUCCAAGAAGUGGUUCCACUUAGAGCGCGUAAUGUGCUGGGGGUGGUGGAGAAUGGCGCCCCGGCGGCCAAAUGGAAUUCCCUCAUACCCACCACUCUUGAGCAACGCCAUGGUAGCCAACUGAGAGCCAUGACACCACUCAGAUAUGGGCGGCGACAGAGGGAUGAGGAGGUGAGGGGAUUCUUUGGGCUGAACUAUGCCUGUGCGGCUAGCCGACAACUGGUGGGGAUAUUUGUGACAGUGUGGGCUAAGGUGAAAAUGAUAGAAGAAGGGAGGGUCUCAGGUGUUGAGGUCUUCUCUGUGGGGUGUGGGAUGAUGGGAUACUUAGGUAACAAGGGUGCAGUGUCUGUGAGCUUGUGCAUCGAGGGGACGAGCUUCUGCUUUGUCGGUGUGCACCUCGCAUCCGGGGAGAAGACCGGGGACGAGGCUCGGAGGAACCGUCAGGUAUCCAAGAUAUUCAGACGUACCGCAUUCCUCCCGCGCCUCCAUGAUAGGGUUUUUCCCUUGCCUCAGACCAUCAUGGGACAUGACCGUAUAUUCUGGUUUGGGGACCUCAACUACAGACUUCUCUUGGCAGACGGUUUGGCUCGAAAUCUUAUCAAACAACAAGACUGGAAAGCUCUCCACCAAUUCGAUCAGUUGAAGAAGGAGCAGAGCAUGGGGGGUGUGUUUGAUGGUUGGCGUGAAGGCAACAUCGAAUUCGCACCCACCUACAAGUACUCAACUUCCAACUCCAAUCGAUACUCGGGUGGGAACCCUAACAGGACAGGCGAGAAACAACGAACUCCUGCUUGGUGUGACAGGAUUAUGUGGUAUGGUAAGGGUGUGCAGCAAUUAUCAUAUGUUCGCAGCGAGAGCGGGUUUUCGGAUCACAGACCUGUUUCUGCAUUCUUCUCCACCCAAGUUGAUUCACAGCAUCUCUACCUCCAACCUCUUAAAUUUCGAACACAACUUCAAAGCUUAUCAGGAGGGGGCAAAGGCAACGAAGAAAAGACCACAUUGCUGGCAUUGUUGGUCAGGGACAUGGAAUCCUCAAGGCGACAAGAUCUUCCACCGUUGGAAUCCUUCUUAUGA